UCUUUCUCACAUGACAAAUACCCGUUACUCGUCUCUUUCUUCUUCUGAAUGCUCUCUUCCUUUAGGGAUUCUUCACUUUCAGGGUAGUGGGUCUUUUCUCCAGGACGAAGGAGGGUUCAGUGUUCUUUGAUUCAAUCAACGACAAUGGUGAUUUCUGAUGAGAACAUCCCCACCGUACCUACUACUUUCCAAGGUAUGGAAGAAUCGGGUAUCGGGAAGAUUGGACAAGAAAUUAGGCAAACCAGGAGAGCAUUGCGAGCUAUUAAUCAGAACUUAGUUGGUCCUCAAGCGUACCCUUGUAUUGUUAAUAAGAGAGGCUUGUCGGAGCGACACGAAGCCUAUGAAAAGAUCUUAGCUAAUCCAGUUCAUCGAUCAAUUACGAGGAGGUUUGCUUCCCAAAUAUCCAGCACUAAUCAACAGCAACUAUGCCCGGAGGAGGAGACAAAGAAGUUAAAGCCAUCAGUUCCAAGCACGAUUGUGGAAGAGCAAAAGGCACAAGCACUAGACCACCCAAUACCAAUGGCAUUAGAAGAAAUAGAUGCAGAGCUAAAUGAAACUAAUUCCAUAGAGGAGGUUGAAAUGGAGGAUAUAAUUGAAGAAGAGGAGCCCAUUAUGGAUAUUGAUAGCUGUGAUGCAAACAAUCCGCUGGCAGUUGUUGAAUAUGUGGAUGAUUUAUACAUCUAUUAUCGGAAAAUGGAGAGCUGCAGCUGUGUUUCACCCGACUAUAUGGCACAACAGAUGGAUAUUAACGAGAGAAUGAGGGCUAUACUAAUUGACUGGCUUAUUGAGGUGCAUUACAAGUUUGACCUCAUGAGGGAGACACUGUUUCUUACAGUAAAUCUCAUAGACAGAUUCUUAUCACAGCAAGCAGUUGUUAGAAAGAAACUUCAAUUAGUUGGUUUGGUUGCCAUGCUUUUAGCCUGCAAGUAUGAGGAGGUUUCUGUACCUGUUGUUGAGGAUUUGGUCCUCAUAUCAGAUAAAGCCUACACUAGGAAUGAAGUCCUUGAAAUGGAGAAAUUGAUGCUUAACACAUUGCAGUUUAACAUGUCAUAUCCAACUCCAUAUGUUUUCAUAAAGAGGUUUCUCAAGGCUGCUCAAUCCAACAAGAAGCGGGAGAUGAUGUCCUUCUUCUUGAUCGAGCUAGCACUUUUAGAAUAUGAGAUGCUCAAGUUUCCACCAUCAUUAUUAGCAGCAGCAGCUGUUUAUACAGCUCAAUGUAGUAUUAAUGGGAUCAGGGAGUGGAGUAGAACAUGUGAAUGGCACAGUCUUUACUCAGAAGAUCAGCUCUUGUGA